UGAUUCGGUAAGAUGACGUAUACAAACAAAAUGGCGGAGGACAUCGCUGUGUUGCAACAAUUUGAAAACGAUGAUAUAUAUAAACAGUUCCUAACUAAAGACUUUGAUGUGAAAACUGUCACUUCAAAUGCGGUUCAAGAAGUUUCCAUAACAGAGAAUUUAAAUAAGUUAUCACUUGGGAUAGCAUUGCUUGAUAAAGAACUGCAUGAUCAGGUUGCAUAUCAUUAUGAAGAUCUUUUAUCACAAGCAAAUGGAAUUGAAACUCUGGAAGGAGUUUUAGAAAAAGUACAUGGCAGAAUUCAAACUCUUCUAACUGCUACUGAAAGGUUACGUUCUAAGCUUAUCGAGCCAUAUAAUAAAGUAGCCACUCAAACAACCAUGCUUGUCAGAUUGCAGAUGACCUGUGAUCUACUCCGACGUAUUAUUAGAAUUUUGCAUCUUAGUGGUCGCUUACAGACUCAACUCCAGGGUGGAGUGAGAGAAAUAACAAAAGCAGCACAGUGUCUAAAUGAAUUAGGCUAUUUAAUGGAAAAUGUUGAUUUGUCUGGAUUGGAGGUGAUUGAAAAGGAUCAAAAGUUAAUCAAAGAUGCAAGAGUUCAAGUUGAAAAACAAGCAAAGUUAUUAUUAGAAAAAGGAAUGGAAACUCAGAAUCAAGCUCAAGUAGCUACAGCUCUCCAAGUUUUCCACAAUUUACAAAUUUUACAACCAUCAGUGAAUGAAGUAAUUAAUCAAGUUUUGACAAAAUUAAGAGAAAAUAUCAAAACAGCUUUAGAUAUUAAAUUAUUAAGUCAGCAACCAGGAAACAUGCCAAUAAAAAAUGCUCCUGGUCGUGCAGCAAUACCGACUAUAGGGAAUUCUGCAUCAUUUCGAGCCACAUUAUGGACAAAUAUGGAAAAUCUUAUGGACCAAAUAUAUACAGCUUGUAGUCAUAUUCAGCAUCUGCAGAAAGUACUUAUUAAAAAAAGAGAUCCAGUAACCCAUGUUUGUUUUUUAGAUGAAUUGAAAAAGGAUCAAGAUAGUGAUAUUGUACAGAAUUUUUGGGAGAUGAUGACAGAAAUUUUAACUAAACAAUUUGCUGAUGCUGCAAAAGAAUCAACAUUCAUCAAACAGGCUUUUGAAGGAGAAUACCCCAAACUAUUACGUCUACAUACUGAUCUGUGGAAACGAUUACAGCAGUUGAAUGCAAUAUCUCAGACCAGUAUUGAAGCUGUUGUGAGUUCUCAGGAUACAUGUGAUGAAUCUACUGCAACUUUAAUGAAUUUCAGACCAGAUCAAGCUCUUCAUGCAACUUUAAUUCCAUUUGAAAAUGCAUAUCUUUCUCGUUCUCUCUCCCGUCUGUUUGAUUCUGUGAAUGUUGUAUUUUCGGUUGGAAGCCAAGACGCACCAACAAAAGACGACGUAGAAAACAUCAUAAAAACUAUAUUUAGGUAAUAUCGUUUAUAAAAAGUAAUAUAAAUGAAAUAAAUUGUAAAGUUUUGAAUAUGUUUAGUGAAUUGAAUGCAGCAAAUAUCAAUUCCACUCUGAGUCAGAUCAUUGCAAAAAAUGUAGCCAAAACUGUCCAGCUAUUUACUGUGAAAUGUGAA